AGAGGGGGGCGGGGGAAGGGGCAAGAGUGGAGAGGGGUAACUCUGCAAGUGAAGUGGACUAUUUCAAAUUCAAGUCUCCUAAACUACGAAGAAAUAUCUUAGUUACUCUAAAUACGCCCAUAAAAAUGCGACACUUUGCUAUCCUAUUGCUUCGCCGCCAUAUCUCAACAUUAGGUACAAACUUGGUUUGGUCAAGGAAAUUUGAGCUCCCCAAGAAGUUUUUGUGUGGACCAACAAGACGAAUGGUUCAAACUUGUGCUGUGAAGUUUAAGAGUAAUAAUGAAUCAUUUAAUACUGAAGCAGACGAUGAAGACGAAGAGAAAGAAAAAAUCCGUAAAGAGGCUAUGCAAUCAGCGCUGUCCACUCAGACAUAUUUCAAUUCUAAACAUAGAAAUAAAGAAACAUUUGAGGUGAUGUUGGAAAUUUACGAGAAGACUAAUCCAACAAAAAGGGGUGUGGUUGAGUUCAUCUUUGCUGCUAGAAAACACCUGGUUGGAUAUAAUGUUCAAUAUGACCUUGACAUUUAUAAGAAAUUAAUUCAGUUAUUGCCGGAGGACAAAUAUGUGACUCAAAAUGCAUGGCAAUCAGAAUUUUCGCAUUAUCCUAAACAACAAGAUUGCAUUGUAAGAUUGUUAGAUGAUAUGGAAAAAAGAGGUCUCUGUGCGGAUAAUCAUAUGAUUGAAUUAUUGAUCAAGAGGUUUGGUGAAAAAAGUAAUCCAGUUAGAAAAUGUUAUCGUCAAAUAUACUGGACACCAAAGCUAAGGAAAGCAAACCCAUGGCCUGUUCCAUUUCCACCUAUUUCAGACCCUUUCUUGAUAGCAAAGUUGGCUAUUGAAAGGAUUUGCACUGUUGAUCCUCAAUCAGUGGUUUCUGUGUGGCAGAGUAAAUCUGUGCCAGAAGCUCUUGAUGAAACUUAUAUUGUCAGUGGACAGAGCCCAACACAGCAAGAGCUUUUGGCUAAACUGCCAAGAGAUGAAACUAUUUUUGUUGAAGGACCUCUUGACCUGUGGUUUGGGAGAGCCCGAAUAAAUUAUUUUAUGCUCAGAUCUGAUCGAACUAAACUUUAUGAGCCACAAGAUCCAGAUGAUAUAUCAAACUUCAAAAUACCUUUUCUUUUUGAACCCUCUGCUGUUGUUGAAGCGCCAUCAGUUCAUGAACAAGAAGAUGGUACAAUACUGGCUGUGUGUGCUACAGGUACUUCUAGUCGUGAUUCUGUUCUCUCAUGGAUUCGCCUGUUAGAAACCAAUGGGAACCCUGCAUUAGCAGAGAUUCCUGUUGUAUUUUCUUUAAGGGCCCCAAGAGCAGAUGUUGCUCCUAUCGAUAAGGAUGGACCGGUUACUGGGGAUGAAGGAGAAAAGCUGGCAGACAAAUAGAUUGAUAAAUAAUGAAUAAAAUUCAAUUAUUUAUGUAACAAA